AUGAAUGAUGACAACAAGGAUCGCAAAGUUUGGUGCUCCUUUCGAGAAGAACGAAUACACAUUGUGGACAAUAUUCCCUUCUGCCAGCAAUGCCACAACAAAUUUGGAUUCAAGCUGUUUGUCUUUCUAUUGGUUGUAAGUUUUGACAUAGCAGACCUUGUCAGUGAUUGGCUGCUGUUUCAUGAUGUUUGGUUGGCAAAGGAGGGCCUUGUUUACGGACCACCAGAGGACAUUGUCAAAUAUCUGCUGCUUGCAUUCUCUGUACUUGGAACCCUCACAUUUUUAUUUGAGAUAAGCAACCUUUGGUGGGAUAUCUUCCGCAGAAAUCCAUGGGUUAAUGUUGACCUUCUUUCUGCAAUUACCAUCUGGAUUGAGGAUGUUCCACAGAUAGCCAUUAGCGUUGUCAUAAUUGCAUGUCGAGAAGAAGCCAUCAGUUAUUUCCAGCUGGUUAAAGCUGCUGUCAUUAUUUUGGGUGCAACUAUACGCCUAAUUGUCUCCCUUGUGCAAUACUGCAGCAAAUCUGCACGCAAGGAUUUGGAAUGUGCCAAAGUGAACAAGGAAUCUCGACGGCAUGUUGUGUACCGAGUCUUUAUAAUGAUGGGACUGAUAUUAACACUGGGUGGCGCAAUCACAAUAUUUCUUUUCACGCAAUCAGAGAGGAAUGCAGAUGGAAGUCUUAACUUCAAAAUCCCACACAGAAUUAUGGAGGGGGAAUUUGAUGAUGAAAAAUACUUCACCAAUGUAAGCAUUUAUUUCAGCCACAGCUAUUUUGAUUAUGAAAAACAUAAUUCUUCUGACAGUUUUUUUGACAGCAAGAACUUCUUACGCUUGAUAAAACUCAACGAUGUGAAAAACUCUAAGACUGACAAAAAUGUUCACAUAAUAUAUGAUGGAACCCACACACAGUUUCAUAUUCAAGUUGAUGGACAAAAAGAAUGCUACAUAAUCAAUAAGAGUACUCAACAAGUUACCCAGGAAACAACAUGUUCAAUCCUCACAAAUCCCGAACAAUUUGCAUUCACCUUUCACUUUGUUAAACCAUCCGUUCCCGUUUUAAUAUUUGGGGACAUCACGUACGCAUUGAAGACUGGAACAAGCACAAACUGUGAAACACCAACGUUAAAAGUUGCAGACAACCUAGCUGCUCAAAUGAAUGACCCUAUCAGUGUCAUGCUGAGAUACUAUCGAACAAAACCAGGAGUUACAGAAGACAACCACAUUCACAAGACAUCAACUUCUCACAAAUUUUAUCAUGCAAGUGAUUUGAUAGACAUUUCUGAAGUGUGGAAGACUGGCUUUGCUUACUGCAAGAGUAGUGGCAGUCCAGCACCACACAAGGGGGACAACUUGGAAGUUCAGUGUCUGUGAGAUCAUCUGCAGUUGCUGCCCUUUGUUAUUACUGUUGACACAAGGGAGACAACCUUGAUGUACAAUGUCCUAAGUCUGAAGUUGUGGGCCUUAAUUGUUAGUCAAUACUAAGAAUAACAGAUGAAGUGUCAGUGAGAUUAUGUCCAAUUGUAGCCUUUUAGAAGUAACUGAUAAACUGAUGAUACUUGAACAUUUUAAGGCAAAUAGGAACAGAGUCUUUACUUUGUAAUUGUUGCUAUUAAAGGGGAAACUGCUGAAAUGCUGAAUUAUUCUCUUACUCAUAUUGUUUCUAUUUAAAACGUAGAAAGGACACAUUGGAAUGGAUUUAGACAGAAAUGAAAAAGAUUUUUGUAUACUUAAAUUUUGUUGUUUCAUUAAGAUCAAACAGGAAGGAUUCUAGUCAGAUAUUUUAGUUUGCUCUUCAAUGUGCAUGAAUACAACUUUA